AUGGACCCCUCACAGAAAUGGCCUUGCGUGAUUUAUGUCAUCGGCUGCCCAGGCUCCGGAAAAGGAACGCUCUGCAAAAAACUGGUAGAAGACUUCAACUGCCUCCAUAUUUCACUCGGAGACCUGCUCCGCAAAAUUAGCAGCCUGCCAGGGGAUGAAAACUUAGAAGUCGCAGAAUAUGUCCACCAGGGAACCCUCGUACCAACAAAGAUAGUCUUUCGAGCUAUUGAGACGGCGGUCAGUCCCGGUCCGGCAAAUGAUCUGCAGGUCCAUUUGAUAGAUGGAUUUCCUCGACGUCUUGAUCAGGGGAUGGAUGUGGAACUUUUAGGGCUUGUCCCUAAUCUUGUUCUAUUCAUCGAUUGCGAUAAAGACAAUGCUAAGGGACGCUUCCUCACCAGGCGACUCGACGGCAGACUUGAUGAUGAUGAUGCGCUGUUUGAAACUCGGUAUAAGGAGUUUGAGCAGCGGAACCCGGCUGUGGUCACCUACUAUGGUUGUCUUGAUAAGCUCGUCAAGAUCAACUCUGAGGGCAAAACUGAGGUGACUUAUCAGAAGCUCCUCGAUGCAUUGGAUUCGAGAAAAGAGUGGACGGAAAUGCACCCUUCCGCUGUAGGGGGUUAA